CCCACCCCUACAGUGGUAAGGUAAACAUGGCGGCCUCAGCGACGAUAGUGCAGUGCCGGACAGUCACGACAUCGGCGAUUGCUUACGGCAAAAGGAACUUCAGGAAAUUCCCUGUCUACGGAAAGAGAGGAACCAAACAGUUCAAGGAGACACCAAUACAGCAUCUAGAACCCGAAAUUCAGCGAAGAUUUGACAGAGGUGUGAGGGCAGUUGGUGUUUAUGUUGGAAAGAAGUUUCAAGUUAUUCCUGAAAUGAUUCCAGAGCUGAUUGUUCCCGACCUUGAAGGUUUUAAGCUCAAGCCUUAUGUGUCGUAUCGCACGCCAGAUGUUGUACAAAGUGAGUUUGGGCCACAAGACUUGUUUUAUGCUGUUUACAGCGAGAAGAUUGCAGAAGAUUUUAAGAAUAACAAGCUUGAUGAAAAUUUAAAUCCACUUGAACCAUCUGAUGAAGAACUCCUAACAGCAGAAGAGGCAAAAAACAAAGCACUAUCAAUAGGUUCAGAUAGAUUUACUUAGUUAGUGUCUAUCAUACUUUGAACAAAUAUUAAAAUCACUGCUGCUUGUAAUUUUGCUUGUAAAUACAUAAACAUUUAAAUAUUUUGUAA